AGGGCUGAAGAAUUAAAAGUAAUAUCUUUUGUAUAUCAAGCACCAGAAUUAUCUUUGAAUGUGAUUAGUGAGAGAGUACAUACUAAUGAACUAAGUGACUUUCAUUUGUGAACUAGAUUCCAGCUGUAUCACUGCUUAACAUGAUGGGUGACAUCAAAGCUUUAGUCCAAAUUCAGAUCAAAUGAAGAGUUGGCCACAAGCCAACACAUUAGUGACAAAGAAGCAGUGUUAUUGUGUGUCCGUGUUCUAUUCCUCAUAAAGUUCUUGUCCUCAAAUGAAGUUUAUUUCUGCUACAAGUGUAAGUGAAUGUUUGGUAGGGAACUGUAAAAGGGCACUGAUCCCAGUCCCUGUUACAGUCCAGGCUGACCAGCUGGAUGAGCCUGCUGAGGGACCUACCUCUGGGCCCUCAGGGUUGCAGUGCUGACCCCAAAGACAUGUGGACAGCCACUAGAAGAAGCAGUCAGCUCAGGAGGCACACAGCCAAUGUGCUAGUGAAGCGGGCCCUGAUUGGCUGCUGGGAGUUCUGAUAGAACCCAAAAGGGGCUACCAGCACACAUGUAGAUCCCCCAGAGAGAGGAAUGCCUGGCUUCUCCUGGGAGAGGGCAGUGCAGUCUGUGCGGAGGUACAGAACAGGGUCAACUACAAUACAAGUCGCAGACACCAGGCUGGGAGCAAGAAAAGCCAAAAGUAGGGUCAGGGCAGUGGAUGGAACACCAGGUAGGACAAUGGGACCUGGAGAAUGAACCAUCCAGGUCCUGGUGGUGACGGUGAGUAGGAAGAAGAUAAGCCUUCCUGGAGGGAGUUUGCUUUGGGUGAUUUUUCUUUUUUCUUCUUUCACUUGAGGGACUAAUUAAAUAGAUGAGCCAGCAAAUGAAGGAUGGAACAUGGCAGUGCCCUAAACCUGAUUAAUUGAUGGGAAGAACCAGUGAGAAACUCAUGAAGGGAACCCAUCCUAGAUAAGUGUAGGGAAUGGGAUAAGCCAGUGCCUGACAAACUCAUGAAUUGGUGAGGUAUAAAGUGAAGAUUAAUAGAGUAGUUGGACUCGUUAACUGAUGAUUCAAAGAGUGAUGAUAAACUCAUUUAUUGACAAAGUAUAAGUAAGAAUUGAGUGAUGAAAACUUGGUAAUUAAUGAAGUAUAAAUAAGAAUUACUUGAGUGAUGGAACUUGGUAAUCAAUGAAGUAUGGAUAAGGAUUAAUGUAGCGAUGAUAAAAGCAUUCAUGGGUGAAGUAUAAAUAAGAAACCACUGAUUUGGUGAACUGAUGGUGAAAGACUUGCUAAGAAAUGACUUAUAAAUGAUGUAGCUGAACGAGUCGGCAAGGGUUGUAUUGCUUACUCCUGUGGGUAAAUGGCAGGAAUGACCAGUCUGUAGCAUGGCAUCACUCAAUGUGUUACUGUGAGAAUGAGAUAUCAAAAGAAAUUGCUGGCCUAAAAAUGGGCAGGAGCAAUAAGGGCAGGGUGUAGAAGAGGUGGAGCCCUGUGAAGAAAAGUCUUGCCCUUGAGCCCUGCCACUGAUUGUGACAAAUAUCUCACUUCCCUUCUUUUCUCUUUUCUAAUCAUCUGAAUGUCAAGGUAUGGCAGACGAAUAAUAAAGGGAGAUUCCAAAGUGGAAGAGCAAGCGUGACAUCUCCAGGAUACACACUCUCUUACAGGAACGUAUGAGAAUUAAAGCCUGAUCUCAGGAAGACUUGCACGCUUCAAGGAGAGCAGUAGCUAUGUGGAAAGCUAAGCACCUGAAUGAGCCUUUACCUAGGUCCCUGUGAAUAAAGUCAAUGGGACUCUUUGCAUUCUUGAAGGCUAGAUCUUGCACAUGGAUCUGUGCAGACUGAUAUGCAAUCAGAUGGAACAGGAGCUGAGAGAGUUGAUUCCUAUGGGUUUGAAAGGCCAGAAGAUUUUGAUUAUGUGACGUACGAAGAAUUCUUUUCCAGGUAUCUUGUGAUACUCACUAGGAGAGCAAUAAAGUGGUCCAAGCUUCUAAAGGGGAAGAAUAGUAUACAGAAAAGUUUAAAAGUGAAGAGAUAUAUCAGGAAAGGUAUUCCCAAUGAACACCGCGCACUGAUCUGGAUGGUUGUAAGUGGAGCCCAGGCCAACAUGGAACAAAACCCUGGAUACUAUCAUAAACUACUUGAGGGAGAGAAAAAUUACAAGCUCUUGGAAGCGAUCAGAACAGACAUGAACAGAACAUUUCCAGAUAACAUACAAUUCCGCAAAACUGCUGAUCCCUGUUUACAGCAGACACUGUACAAUGUGUUAGUAGCAUAUGGGCACCAUAAUAAAGCAGUGGGAUACUGCCAGGGCAUGAAUUUCGUAGCUGGAUACUUGAUUCUUAUUACAAAGAAUGAAGAGGAGUCCUUCUGGUUGUUAGAUGCUCUCAUUGGAAGAAUAUUACCUGACUUUUAUAGUCCAGAGAUGAUGGGUCUGAAAAUGGAUCAAGAGGUCCUUGGAGAACUUGUAAAAAUGAAAGUUCCAGCAGUUGCAGAGUUAAUGGAUAGACAUGGUGUUAUGUGGACUCUAGUCAUGUCCCGUUGGUUUAUAUGCUUAUUUAUUGACAUUCUUCCAGUGGAGACUGUACUCCGAAUUUGGGACUGCUUAUUCUAUGAGGGAUCAAAAAUUCUCUUCCGUGUGGCCUUAACAUUGAUUAAGCAACACCAAGCUUCUAUUUUGGAAGCCACAAAUUUCCCUGACAUCUGUGAUAAAUUUAAGGAAAUCACCAAAGGCAUGUUUGUAACAGAGUGUCACACUUUCAUGGAGAAAAUAUUUACAGAACCUGGGAGUUUGUCCAUGGCAACAAUUAACAAACUUCGAGAGACUUGUAGAGCAAAGCUGCUUGCUCAGGGAUAACUUGCGAGUAUUUACGGGCUGAUUGGCUGCUACAGAAAUUGACACAUUCCUCCUCUGAAAUUGCACUGACUGAACACAAUUUCUAAUCUUUCCUUGAGUGUUAACUGACACUUGACCAAUUUUUCCUGCCUUUCAAGUAAGUGUUGUCAACACUCUUUGUACUAUAUGUCUGUAGUACAUUUGGUAACUGGAUUUAUUUUUUAAUGGUUUAAAAUAUGAUCAGACUGUUUCAAUGUGAGGAUACUCCUUUAAAUAGUCACUCCUUUGUUUUCCUUCAGGGCAUUUUGUAAUGUUUGAGCAAGUAGAUAUAUAGGGUUACAUCAUGGAUUGUGUGUAUUAAUCAUGACACCACAGUCAUUUGUACAAAAUAAAUACUAUUUAUUUGUCAAAGCC